UUUGAUUUCCUUAUAUUUGCAAUGAUUUUUAUAUGUUGUAGUUAUAAUUGAUAAAUACUUCAUGGGUUUUUUUGUGACAGAUUAAAAAAAACCAACUUUUUUUCUUGGGAAAUUUUAUAAAUAACAGAAAGAUGAAUAAUUUAAUUUUAGGUUGUUUUCUUGUUUUUAUCAAUCAUCCCAAAUUGUUAAUUAUGGCUCGUAAUAAAAUCGAUUUCUGGUUUAAUUUUCCAUGUUUGGAUGAUUUUUUAGUAGUACCCAAAUUUAGGUUCAAAAGUAUUAGUACUUAUUUAAGUGUAGAAAGUGGUUUUUGUUAAUUUUAUAAUCUUGCUUUAGUGGGUGUGCAAUUUCAGUUUCGAUUUUUAUAACUAGUGUUAUAUGCACGCUAUGCGUGUGAAAUCAUCAUCAAAUUUAAUACUAAUUUUAUUUUGAGGUUGAAUUUUUUGUCAACUUUGUAAUCAUAGAUGCGUUUAGCUUAGUGGUAACGUAAUGAUGUGCAUUCCAGAUCUUUGUUACUUGUUUUCUACGCUUUAAUUGAAUUGCUGAUAUCACUUUGUUUGUUGAGGAGAGAUUGGACGUACUAAAUUAUAAUUAAUCUUUACUUCCUCCAUUUUUUUUCAAUGGCAAAGUUUUGAUUUUUAUACUUGUCGUGCAUGACUUUGAUUAUUAAUAUCUUUAUAGUCUUUUUUGACUCACGUGCACACACGCUAAGCUGGUUACUAUAGCUUUAGCGUGAGUGCACUAUGCUCCCGGGUGUAGGAUAUAAUUUUUCGAUUUUCACUAGAAGUUAGGGGGGUUAUCAGUUACUCAUUGUUAUUAAAGUAUUAAUACAUUCCCAGUUGAUUAGUUGUUUAAUCUUAUAAUGGGUCAUGUGCUACAUAAACAAUAGUAUUUGUGCUUUUAUGUCAAGCUUAAGGUGUUUAUCUUCUUAUUAGUAAUCAUAUAAGUCAAAUCUUUGGACCCAAAUUGGAUUUGAGUGAACUAAAUGAUAUUCCUGGUUGUGACCUGUUCAAUUAUUGCAUCAGUUUUCCACAAAUUAUGUGUCUGUGGACCUUAUAUGGCACACAAUUCACUAUUUUUCUGGUAAUAUCCUGAGUUCUCAUUGUUCCCAAGGCUAUAUUCAUGAAGAAUAUUAAAUAUUGGACCAACUAUUUGUUACAUAGUAUUGAAGUAUUCUUGAUUUGUGGAAACUUCUGAAUUGACUAGUUGAAGACUGAUUUAUGAUAAGAUAAUAAGUCUGCCUACCUUAAAUAAGUGAAGGUAGUCAUCCAGUAGUAGACACAGGAGAUCAGGGAGCUGUUGUAUCUGUGAUAGGUGGCUAAGAUGAUUGAGGCAGGAGAUGAUUCUAUAGUGCAGGAUGGUACUGUUAACAUUCAUGGACAACCAGCUGACAAGAAGAAAACUGGGAAUUGGAAAGCUUGCUAUUUUAUCCUUGGGAAUGAAUGUUGUGAGAGGCUGGCUUACUAUGGAAUGAGUACGAAUCUUGUGAAUUAUUUCAUCGAACGUAUGCAUCAAGGGAAUGCUACUGCUGCAAAGAAUGUCAAUAACUGGUCAGGGACAUGCUAUAUCAUGCCUCUUCUUGGAGCUUUUCUAGCUGAUGCAUACUUGGGUAGAUAUUGGGUUAUUGCUAUUUUUUCGAUGAUUUAUGUCAUUGGGAUGACUCUCUUGACAGUGUCUGCUUCUGUGAACGCACUGAAGAAUUCAGUGGCGGUUGCAUUUGUGGCUCUAUAUUUGAUAGCCCUUGGAACUGGUGGAAUCAAGCCAUGUGUCUCAUCUUUUGGCGCAGAUCAGUUUGAUGAAACUGAUGAAAAAGAAAGGGAAAAGAAAAGUUCCUUCUUCAACUGGUUCUACUUCUCAAUCAACGUGGGUGCUCUUAUUGCUUCCUCAGUUUUGGUUUGGAUCCAAACUAAUGUUGGUUGGGGAUGGGGCUUUGGUGUCCCAGCUGUUGCUAUGGCCAUUGCAGUUGUGUCUUUUUUCUCGGGUUCUGUCCUUUACCGACUUCAGAAGCCUGGAGGAAGUCCUCUUACUAGGAUUGCUCAAGUUCUGGUUGCUACCUUCAGAAAAAUCAAUGUGAAAGUUCCUGCUGAUAAAACCAUUCUGUACGAGACACCUGAUGAUGGAUCCAAUAUUGUAGGAAGCCGCAAGCUUGAGCAUACAGAUAAACUAAGGUGUUUCGACAAAGCUGCUGUACCGACUGGAAGUGAUGAUAUCAAGGGAACUCCAAACUCAUGGAGACUCUGCACUGUUACCCAAGUUGAAGAACUGAAAGCCAUCAUCAAAAUACUUCCAAUUUGGGCCACAGGGAUUGUUUUCUCUGCAGUAUACAGUCAAAUGAGCACCAUGUUUGUAUUACAAGGCAAUACCAUGGACCAACACAUAGGCCCACACUUCAAGAUCCCAUCAGCUUCUCUCUCGUUAUUCGACACCCUGAGUGUCUUAUUUUGGGUCCCGAUCUAUGACAAGCUCAUCGUCCCAUUUGCUCGAAAGUUCACUGGCAACGAACGUGGUUUCACUCAGCUUCAAAGAAUGGGAAUUGGCCUAGUGAUUUCCGUCUUUUCCAUGGUUAUUGCUGGAAUUUUAGAGGUUGUUAGGCUCAACAUGGUGAGGAAACACAAUUACUACGAUAUGGAAACACUCCCUAUCUCGAUCUUCUGGCAAGUCCCGCAGUAUUUCCUUAUCGGUUGUGCUGAAGUUUUCACAUUUAUAGGUCAGAUAGAGUUCUUCUAUGAUCAAGCACCUGAUGCAAUGAGAAGUUUGUGUUCUGCUCUCUCUCUUACAACCAAUGCUUUGGGUAAUUACCUGAGUUCUUUGCUCGUUACAAUCGUGAUGGAUAUGACAACAAGGCACGGGAAGUUAGGGUGGAUCCCGGACAAUCUUAACCGAGGUCACCUUGACUAUUUCUACUGGGUUUUGGCGAUCCUUAGUGUUCUCAACUUCUUUGCUUAUCUGUGGAUUUCUAUGAAGUACACAUACAAGAAGGCGACUGGACAUGUGAAGUAAUCUUUGAACAGAUUACUAUUCCCUUUGUGACAACAACUUAAGGGCUUUCUAAAAUGGUUGUAAAUACUUAAAGCAUGGUUACAUUAGUUGUCACAUUUGAUUGGCGUGGUUUAGUACUGUAUUCUUCGACAAGUUCUAUAGUUGCUCAUUUUAGUCGAAUGAAAACAAAUUCUUUAACAGAAAUUAUGCAGUUACAAGAUUAGAAAUUUAUAGCAAUAAGGUUUGUGUAGUCUAA